AUGAAUAAAAUCCUUGUGGCGAUAUUUUUAACCUUAUCAGUCCAAGCAUACACCAUUCCACCCGCUAACAACCCGUCAGAAGAGCCAGUCUACGAUCGUCAAACAAAUGAGUUUCAAAAUAAUUGCAGCGUCGACCAGGACUGUCCAGUGAUAAACUGCAUCAGAGCUCCGUGCCCGACCUACGUAUGCCGAAACGAGCACUGCAUACUAAAUAUGCCAAAAGAAGAAUGCAUAAUAGACCAAGACUGUCCAGUGCUCAAUUGCAUUAGAGCUCCUUGUCCAUUUUACAUAUGUCGAAACAAUCACUGCGAAUUUCAGAUGCCUCAGCAAGAUUGCAUAGUUGCAGGCUGCUCUGGACAGCUCUGUGUCGGUUCUCACGAAGAUGGCACUUCUACAUGUGAAUGGAAAGACUCGUAUUCCUGCUACUCAGAAUUCGGAAAUUGUUCGUUUAUUAGAGGACAGUGCCAAUGGGAGCCUACUGAGAAACUUCUGAACUGCAUUCGGGACAGAAGCUAA